CGUACGAGCCCGUUUGCUGUUUGCACAGAUAACAUUAGUGCUAACGCAGCUGGCUAGCUAGACUGCUGACAAAAAGAAAAAGAAGGUCGAGAGUUAAUCAAGACGGUGAACAAUCGGUAGAUAGACGAAAUCAUGAUUUUGACACAGUGAAAUCCAAACAAGCAAGGGCCUCUCUCAAAGGCAAUAAGGACAAUGUACUAUCAAGGGAAGAGGAGGGGUGAAGAAGGCUUUGCUGCUGUUAUUGACUUCCUUCUAGCAAAUGCCCGCUUGGUGCUUGGGAUCGGGGGAGCAGCAGUUCUGGGAAUAGCCACGCUGGCUGUAAAGCGGUUGAUUGAGCGUGCUGGCAGAACCCCAGAUGAUGAGAAACCAGACCAGAAGACCAUAGACAGUUGGGAGGAGCUGAGCCUGGUUAGCUCGUCCCCAAAACUGCUGAGGAAAGGCAUUGAGGGUGUGGUUAUGAAGCAGAUCGCUGCUGCUGCCAAAGCUCAGAAAGCAGAGUUGUCCAAGCCUUCCAGUACUACUGCAGAGAAGCCCCAGGUUGAAGUGAAGAGGAUCCAGCUGUGUGUUAGCCUUCAUGAGAGGCUGAAGCAGUACUACGAGUCCCACGUAGCUCUAUCUUUAGAGGAAGUGAGUCGAGCUCAACAACAGGCUUUGGAUAUAUGCACAGAAAUCCAAGGCUUCCUCCACACCAAGCACCCUGACAUGCCUCUGGAGGAAAUGCACCUAGGUGGCUCACUGCUGGAUGAUCUCCAGGUUGUGGCUGCAGACCACGCCUGUCUCCUUGUGCCUUUGCAAAUCGAGGACAUGCUUUGGAAGCUAAUCCCAGGUGAAGAAACGAUCCUGGGUAAACCACAGUUCUGGAUGGUCCGCCGGGUUAACCUGGAGUACUUUCCUCGUGGCCGUAGUUUCUGGGACAGGUUCAUGGUGGGGGGUUACCUCUCUUCCAAAACAGUAGUUGAAGUCCUGAACAAGUCUGUGAUGGAGACGAUGAACUGGCCGAUCCUCAGCAACAUGCUUGAAUGUGUGGUCAGACCAGUGAUGGGGUCCCAGGAGCUGAAGCUUGAGAUUAAGAAUGGAAACAGUCAGCUAUUCAUUAGCAUCUUACCUACCAUACACUUGAAUGACACCGUUUUGACCGCCCAACUGGAGUUCACUGGAAACUUUGACAACAUUUGGUACCACAGUCUUUAUACUGCUGAAACCACCAAGCUUGCAGAAUUGGAUGAAGAGGACCAUGGUAUCCGAAAACUCUGCUUAAAAAUCCUCAAGGCAGUGUGCAAAAAUAACCCCCCAUUGAGGAAGCUCUCUGGGGGACACCUAGCAAAUGUCAUUUUGCAUCUCAGUGAGAAGGAAUACGAUUGGACAGAGGCUGCUUUGGCUGAUAGAUUCCAGCAGGCCAUUACUGAGAUGAUUGGUUAUUUGGAAAUAGGUUGUCUUCCCAAUUACUUCAAGCAGACAAUAAAUUUGCUAUCUGAUUUCACUGAAGAAGAGAUUGAUGAAAUGGGUUUUAUGCUGUACUGUGCUGUAUCUGAACCAGAAAUACUGUUGCAAAUGUAAAUAUUGGCAUUUUUGGUUUCCAAUAACUAUUUACUUCAAAAUAUGUAAUUAUAAUUGCAGCAAUAACAAGAUAAAUGUACCAGUAUGACACUCAGAUACCUUAGAUACUUUGAAGUGUUAGAAAUUAUCUGAAUCUCAGAAAUAUAUGAAUGUUGCCAACAAGCAGAGCCUCCAACUAAACAAUAAACUUGUGAAACAUAAUUUGCAAAACAAUUUUCAUUGAAAAUCAUUUGGAUUUAUAGUUUCAGCUUCCAGCUGAAUUUUUAUACUUCUGUCAGUUUUACGUUUUACUUUUUGGGGAGAGUAGAAGUGGAUGAUACUGGCUGUUGGCAAUUUCCAGCAUCUCUUAAGUGGUAACAUAUACAGUGGAUUUAGAAAAAACAAGAACAGUGUAGUAAAAAUAUUUUUGUACAUGUACAUAAACUCUGUAGAAUUUAUUUGCAUUUUCUGUAAAUAGUACAUUUUUUGAAGACUAGAGAAUAUUUUAAGUCUGUAUGCUCACGACUUUAUACACUGUGUAUAAUAUGGUUGCUGUGCUCAAGAAUGUCUAAGCUCUCAAUCCUGUGAUGGCAGGACAUGGUGGAGCUAAACAACCUUGGUCAUGUUUUUGAAUGAUCUUAUUCAAUAAAGGUGUAUUUGAAGAUGUGUUCCUUUUCUCAAAACUUCCUCUUAAGGAAAUAAAAUAAAGUAUUAUUUUUGUAGUGUUA